CUCAUUUGUCAUCGUGCAACGGUGUUCUGCGUCUGCGCGCCGGUGAGAAACAAGCUACUAACAAAACAAGAAACACAUCGUUAGUUAAACUAUGGCGCUGCGUGCCUGUGGGUUCAUCGUGUUUCGACGUCUGGCAAACUGUGCUUCGCCAGAAGACAACAUCGAGUACCUCCUCUUGCAGACCUCCUACGGGCAGCACCACUGGACCCCACCUAAAGGCCACGUGGACUCGGGUGAGGAUGACCUCACCACAGCUCUCAGAGAGACCAAGGAGGAGGCGGGGCUUGGCGCUGAGGACCUUCAGGUGGUCGAAGGCUUUCUGAAGGAGCUGCAUUAUCAGGUGAGAGGUCGCCCCAAGGAGGUUCUGUACUGGCUGGCCGAGCUGAAAAACCCAGGCACCGAGGUCACUUUGUCCAGCGAGCAUCAGAACUACCGCUGGGCCCCGCUGGAGGACGCCUGCGCUUAUGCUCAGCACAAAGAGAUGCAGGACGCUCUGAGAGCUGCACACAGACACUUAAACAAGAAGUGAGUGACACAUGCUCAGUGCUGCAAACUUCUUCAUGCAAUUUGUGCCAAAGCCUGUGAACUCUCACCUCAAUUAUUAUUCUGAAAAUCAGAAUUAGGCAAAUAUGAUAUAGUCUUAGAACAGGGGUGCCCAAAGUGCAACGUAUUCUGAAAAUAGGAAAAGAUAAAAAGUGCAAUGAAAGAGGUGUAAUGUAUCAAGCAAAUGUUGCAAUUGUGACUCUAAGAACAAAAGGCUGAAAUGUAGGCUGUUUUUUUUUUUUUUACUUUAAAGUUGUCAUUGCUCAAAAAAUAAUACAAACUUAUAAUCGAUGGACAGAUCUGAAGUUGAUUUAGAGAUUUCAGCAUUGAGAGUAAAAAUAAUAUACCGUAUUUUCCGGACCAUAGGGCGCUCCGGAUUAUAAGGCGCACUGCUGAUGAGCGGGUC